UAAGUAGCUAUGGCGUGAAAUCCUCUUCUCCUCCCUCCUACAAACUACCAGCAGCUCAGGCUCAGCAAUGGCGGCAGCAAACAUCCUGCUUCCCCUUGACCCACGAGCGGCGGCGCCUCCCCCGGCAACUAGCGCCUCCAAACCCGAAGAGCUAAUGGACGCGCUCGUCCACACCUCUACCCCUUCCCUCCGCGCGCUAUUUCUCCGGGCGGUGGACCCCUCACGCCCUGCCUCCUGGUCCGCCGCCGUCGGCGACCUCCUUUCUUCUGGAGAUCCCGUCGCGGCGCUGGCUGCCUUCGCCGCCGCUCUCCGCGUCAACCCCGCCGCGCUCCGGCCGGCCCUUCCACCGGCCUUCCGCGCAGCUGCCGCCGCCACCUCCCUCGCCGCAGGCCGCCAGCUCCACCUCCUUGCCAUCCGCUCCGGUCUUUUCCCCUCUGAUCCGUUCUCCGCUUCCGCUCUCCUCCACAUGUACAACCACUGCUCCCGCCCCAUCGACGCCCGUAAGGCGUUCGACGAAAUCCCCAGCCCCAACCCCGUCAUUAUCACCGCCAUGGCCUCCGGCUACGUGCGCAACAACCUAGUCUACCCCUCGCUCGCUCUCUUCCGCAAGUUGAUCGCCUCUGGUUCUGCCACGGCUGUCGAUGAGGCGGCUGCACUCGUGGCAUUUUCUGCAUCAGCCCGUAUCCCUGACUGCGGAAUUACCAGUAGCCUUCAUGCUCUUGUUGUGAAGACUGGGUUGGACGGGGAUGCUGGAGUGGUCAACACAAUGCUAGACGCUUAUGCGAAGGGCGGCAGACGUGACCUGGGAGCUGCCAGGAAGGUGUUUGAUACCAUGGAGAAGGAUGUGGUAUCCUGGAAUUCGAUGAUUGCACUGUAUGCUCAGAAUGGGAUGUCAGCAGAUGCGCUCGGGCUUUAUCGCAAGAUGCUGAAUGUCAGCGGAAGCAUUAAGUGCAAUGCUGUGACACUCUCCGCUAUUCUACUGGCUUGUGCACAUGCUGGGACGAUACAGACUGGAAAAUGCAUUCAUAAUCAGGUGGUAAGAAUGGGUUUGGAGGAAAAUGUCUACGUUGGGACUUCAGUAGUUGAUAUGUACAGCAAGUGUGGACGAGUUGAAAUGGCAAGAAAGGCCUUCCAAAAAAUUAAGGAGAAGAAUAUCCUUUCAUGGUCUGCCAUGAUUACUGGAUAUGGCAUGCAUGGUCACGGACAAGAAGCCCUUGACAUUUUCAAUGAGAUGUGCAGAUCAGGGCAAAAUCCUAACUAUAUAACUUUUAUCUCAGUUUUAGCUGCUUGCAGUCAUGCUGGUCUCUUAGAUAAGGGUCGUUAUUGGUACAACGCCAUGAAGAAAAGGUUUGGAAUUGAACCCGGUGUGGAGCACUAUGGAUGCAUGGUAGAUCUUCUUGGCCGUGCUGGUUGUCUUGAUGAGGCUUAUGGCCUCAUUAAAGAAAUGAAGGUGAAACCCGAUGCUGCUAUCUGGGGAGCUCUUCUUAGUGCAUGCCGAAUCCACAAAAAUGUUGAGCUGGCAGAAAUAUCUGCAAAAAGAUUGUUUGAGUUGGAUGCGACUAACUGUGGGUACUAUGUUCUAUUAUCCAAUAUAUAUGCAGAAGCUGGAAUGUGGAAAGAUGUGGAAAGAAUGAGAGUUCUGGUUAAAACAAGAGGAAUAGAAAAGCCUCCGGGGUAUAGUUCAGUGGAGUUGAAAGGUAGAACCCAUUUGUUUUAUGUUGGUGACAAGAGUCAUCCCCAGCACAAGGAGAUCUAUUCUUAUUUGGGGAAACUGCUUGAGAAAAUGCAAGAAGCAGGCUAUGUACCAAACACAGGUUCUGUUCUUCAUGAUUUGGAUGAAGAGGAGAAAGCAUCUGCAUUGCACAUCCAUAGUGAAAAGCUUGCUAUUGCUUUUGCUCUAAUGAAUUCUGUCCCAGGCUCAGUUAUCCAUGUCAUAAAGAAUCUCCGGGUCUGUACUGAUUGUCAUACAGCAAUCAAGCUUAUUACAAAGAUCGCUCAACGAGAAAUUAUUGUUAGAGAUUUACAGCGGUUCCAUCAUUUCAAGGAUGGAUCAUGCUCUUGUGGGGAUUAUUGGUAACAGUGUACAAGACUGAGGUUGUGAUACCAUCUUCUCUGCCAUAUGCCUGUAUAUGCUCAUGUGGAUUUAGAUCCAAGAUAUCUCAACUGCAUUGAAGGUUGGAGCAGUCAAACAAAGUUCACGUGAUAAUAGUGAAGAGGAAAUGAUAAAAGAGAACAAGCAGGUUGCUGUUGCUGUUUCUCAUGUGCAGAAGUCUGCUUUUGGUGUAACACAUAAUUUUCUUCUAAUUCUUGAAAACAAUGGUCUACAGACGGAACUAAAAAUCUCUGGUUUAUGCAAACGUCUUGUUAGUAUUUACUUGCAGCUGUUCUUGAUCUUUAGCAAACCGGACAGGUACACCUCUUUGCUCUUUCUUACUUUUGCACAACUUGCGGCAAACAUGAUUUUUUUAGAAUUAGUAAACAUGAUUUGAUAUACUGCUUUGUUGAGUUACAGAGUGACAUCAACUCCACUUUUAUAUGUUUAAAUGCUGAAAGUUAUGUUGGUUGGCAAGCAGCAACGCCUCACUUGGUGCUUUUAACACAGCUAUCUAGGUCAUUGAUUUGACAAGAACUGAAGAUAUAAAUUUUUGUUAUCAUUUAAUUUGUGUUAUGAUAUGAAGAGUACAAUUUUUUCAUUAGAAAGUGCCACGGCAAUACUUGCAUAGGAACCAUACCUGAUCCCAUUCUGGCUAAUAAGCUUUAUUAAUCAGGUUUAGACAAAUUGUUGUCUCCUAUUUUUCUUUCAGUCGAGAAAAAUAUGCAAUAUAGAACAUUUUAGACUAGUCAUAGUGGGAGUAACAAAGGUGGUAACUGAAGUGCCAACUAAGCAAUUUUGAUGAUGUGUCAUGUCAUUAAUGAGGAAAAAGAGAGUGGGGUAACUAGAUAUGUUACCGUCACAUCACACUCCCCAAGAUAGAAUGACUCUAUAAAGCCAAUAAAUGAAGUUUCUAUGUUACCACAAAUAUGUUACUACCCACUAUUGAAUUACUAACAUAAACUAGUAACAUGCAUAUGUUACUAGUUCAUGUUACUCCCCACUAUGACUAGUCUUAGGUCGCACGGAGUAGUAGUAGUAACAUGAUAACUGAUGAAUUGUCUCCAACAACCAUGAUUCUGGUAUGAGGGUUGUUCUUUAGUUUCUCUGUGUUUUUGUUCUCGAGGUCUUCAGAUUUUUGUUGGCUGGUCAGUUCAUUCUGUUGACAGAGCCUUUUGGGGGUUUUAUAUACAAAAAGAAGCCUUUUGGGUUUCUUCCUUCCAGAUUGUGUGAAUCAAUCAUUUAGGGAAUUGAGCUAUUGAGAAGUUAACUGUGCUCGUAACUGCUCCUGAGAAAGUUUGUGUUAAAAGGAAGUCCAGUAGCAUCGAGGAUCCUGAACAUGUUCCUUCUGUGGUUGAUCAUUCACUAUCCUUGUAAUAUCAUCACCCUGCUUCUCUCAGAUACUGAGAUACCUAAUGGUGUUGAGUCAUGACCGUCCAGAAUAAAAUACAUCUAUCUGCCGAGUAGUUGAAGUGCUUCGAUGUUUUACAGAACUUUUUUUGCAGCAAUUCCAAAGCAAAAUAAGCAGUUGUGAUUAGGCUGCGACUAACUCGAACUUACCCCGUUAGUUUUUAUUAGCCAACUAAGUUUUGUUCAUCGAUUCCAGACAGGAAAUUGGCAGCUUGCCAGUGGCCUGGAGGCUCUGUUCCGUUAACGUCUUCCCAGUUUGUAAUAUUUUGAUUUUCAGGUGUUCAAUUUUUGUAUAAGCAAAGGAUGUUACAGCAAAGAUAGUACUCCCUUCGGCCGGAAUUACUUGUCGAAAUAUUAAAUGUAUGUAGAUGUUUUUUACACAUAGAUACAUCCGUAUUUGGGCAAAUUUGAGACAAGUAAUACCGGUCGGAGGGAGUAUCAAUAAAGUAUUUGGUUCAGAGUUGCUAAAAAAUGUUCCCUAAUGUGCUUGGAAUUAACUUAGCUUAAGAAAGGGUGGAAAUAAAAUUCAUAAUACCCUACUUUGUUGAUU